AUGAAGUGUGAUGGCCAAAGUCCAGCGUGCUCAGGCUGUACGAAAUACGGAAGGGCCGCAAGCUGUUCGCUCGGGGAUACGGAUUCACACCAGCAGCGUGACUAUGUGGCUUACCUCCAGGCCAGCAUUGAGGAGCUCAGGUCAAGACUUGGCCGGCAGACAACUCUCGACAAUACUCCCCCAGAACAGCAUGGGCCCAUACCACAGGCUAAUGAGGAUGAUGGGGUCGCUCAUAAUGAAGCAAGUGGCAGUUCUCAAGAUGCCUCCUCCAGAGCUUCGUGGAUGUGUCGAAUUGACAAGAUGGUGUCUCAGAUUGGGGCAUUGCCUAUUCUCGCAUCGUCUUUUGACCCUGCCGAUCCACAAAGCCCUUGCUUAGCAACGGUAGUGCUCGCAGCAGCAUCCGAGGCAACAUGGCUGGUCCCCGUGGUCGAUGUGCACGACCACGCCCGCAUUCGAGACUUAUUGCCAGACCGAGCAACGGCAAAGAAACUUGCGGAUCAUUAUUUCGAAGAUCUGUAUCCCCGACUCCCAUUCUUCUCCCGUGAGGGGUUCUGGACUCAGUUUGCUCAGGCGUAUAGCCUGUUUGACGACACGUCGAUGCCCAUGUCUUCGACACCAUCGCGAAACUGGCAAACCCAGCAUAGUCGUCGAUAUGAAGAGGGAGUAACUCCUGACGCAGGGGCAAAAUUGGAUGCCAACGAGCUUGGGUACAGCCUUUUCUCUGUAUUGAUCGUACUCGCUAUCUCGAUUGCCUCACUCUCGACCAGCACAGGCUCUAUCGUCUCUCAUAAUUCGGAGCAGAUUCUCAACGCAGGACUGAGUUUUCGCAACUACGCUAUAUUGCCCAACACAACAGCUGGAUUGCAAGCCAUCCUCUUUCUUAUUCUGUACUCCAUGCUCAACCCCUCUCGCCUCGAUAGCUGGCAGCUUGUCGGAAUUGGUAUGCGUAUCUGUGUUGAUCUAGGACUGCAUCAAGAAUCGAAGGCAGCCUUGCAAGGUAAAUCGGACAGCUUCCUGGAAACGCGUCGACGAUUAUUCUGGUCCAUGUACUCAUUGGAUAGGUCAAUCUCAAUUGGGAUGGGUCGUCCGUGUGAAGUCUCGGAUCAUUACAUCCAUGUCGAGAUUCCUUCUUUUGAGAUUGGUAUGCUUGCCAGUAGCGAUGAAGUUCUGGGCUUCAAGCAGCGAUAUCGAGUUCUACAACUCCAAUCGUUGCUGUACGAGAGACUGUACAUGACAGCGAACGUGCUGCCAGACCCGGAGCCAGUUGUAGGCGAAUUGAGGCGAAGGCUGGAAACAUGGGACUCCGCUAAUCGGGACACGUUAUCUGCGCCUACAAAGUUACUUCUUGAGAGUGAAUGGCAUCAAAGUAUCAUGCUGCUAUACCGACCAUGUCGUGCAAUACGGACUAGGUCUCGAGCGAAUCUCUCGCAACUCUGGACAUCCGCCCUUGCCUUCCUCAAGAUAUACAGGACACUGGUAGAGGCGAACGAGAUCUUUUAUGUCCAGGUCGCAUCGGAAAAGGCUUACUCUGCCGGCUUAGCAGUGCUUUAUGCUUACUGGCAAUUGGCGAAAGGCUCGACAGAAGAUGGCAUAGAUUUGAUGGAGCCGUUGAGCCUCUGGCAGGGUGUUUCGGAUGUGAACUUCAUCCUGCGGGCGUUAUCAGAUCGAUGGCAUAAGGGCCGCACCCUCGCCAGCCAUUUUGAGCGUUUGGGUGCCAGGACUGCAACUCGGCUCAUCACAUUGCAACUCAAUGCUGCAGAAAACCCCGUGACUGGAGGCUCAGAUAUAGCGCAAGAAGUGACGGAUUUCUGGGAUCACAGUGGUUCAAUUACAUCUGGUCAAGGCUCAGCGAAGGUAAUUUUUCCUCCAGCAAGUAAUCCACGAUCACAUCUGCAAGAUCUUGUUGUUGAACUGGUUCGUGGAGCAUGA